UGACUGUUACAAAAACUGUGGAGAGUGAACAAAGGGAGGUUAUUUUAUGAAGUGCCUGAUCAAAAAGCCUUUCUGCUGAGAUGAAAUCAGACUUCUUGCAUGCCUCAGCAAAGACUGCACCAACGCUGGAGUCUUUGUGGUGAACACACCAGUGCAGGGCACAGGCGAGCCAACAGGCAGAAGCCACUUUAGGUUACUGCCAACCUGCGCUAGACACAGACUUGCAGCAGAGAAUGGAACCAGUACCUGCAACUGGCUGAAGACACUAUGUAGCUACAGCGUUGGUGUAAUUUAUAGACUUAUAAAUGGGUCAAAUACACCUUUGACCCAUUCAGUUGCACCGGCACUAGGCACUUUGUGCUCAAAACAUGAGUUGGUGCAUUAUAAAAACUACUUAUCUUUAAGGUGUAGAUGACAUUUUUAUUCUCAGAUACAGCUGUUAACUCUUGAUGAAAAACUCCUACCUGCAGAGAUGUAUUCCAGACACUUAACCGAGUGACAGCAUGCGCAUAUGCCCAGGGAACGCUGCCAGUACUAACAGUGUCAUGGCACUGGCUUCACAUGACUUGUCUGGGAGGGGACAGCCAGCUCCUGCUUGGAAACACACCCCCCUCGCCUUGCCUAAACCCUCAUAAAGUUUCCACAGCAGUAGUGAAAGGUGAGGAGUUGAGCUGUGGGCUCUGAAUAGACACAAAGGACCUCUCCUAGGCUAUCAACAGCAAGAGGUGAGCAAAGAACGGGCAGCCAGAGUUCAGGGGUGUAGUAGCUUGAAAAGAUGAUAGAAACUUUGAGGAAAUCAUGAAAAGACAAUGUCAUGUGUCUGUGUAAAGUACGACCGUAAGCUUUUUUAGGAACUCUGGUUGCCUCCAGAUCUGUGCAGUGCUUGGCACAGUAGGACAUCCACCAAACACGACGUCUAGUCCUGUGUCUGUCCACAUAGUGCGGCUGAUAUGCAACUUUUCAGGUGACCGGUGUAUUCUUCCUUUUUGAAACACUGUGAGAGGAGUACUCCCAAGAGGCUUGCUACCAUCAUAAAGAUGAAAAGAGACUCUGGAUAUUCCACCACGGCUGAGCAGCAGAAGCAGGAAGAGAAGCUCUGGGAUGCCGUGAAGAUCACUGCCUGCGUCCUUGGUACAGGCCUGCUCAUAUUUACUGUCUUGGUGAACUCUGUUUCUUGGUACAUGCAGAAUAUCUGGGACACUUUAGGCCAUUUCUGGCAAACAGCAUGGCUAAAGUUCUACUACUUGUUUGAGGGAAAGGAGUGGACAAUCUUCCUCCUCGGGACUGGAGUGGUGCCUAGCCUUGCUUUCUGGGGCUUCAAUGGAAUCCUUAUGGUGGCUGAUGUAACAGGAAAGCCAACCUUCAUUACUCGCUAUCGCAUUCAGCUGGGCAAGAAUGAUCCUGUGGACACAAAGAAAUUGCGCCAAGCCAUCUGCACAGCGCUGUGUAAUCAGUUCUUUGUCUCUUUGCCCAUGCUUGUGCCCAUGUUCUACGUCAUGAAAUGGUGGGGCAAUACCUUCAGCAAGGAAUUACCCACCUUCCACUGGUUUCUUGUGGAGCUGAGCAUCUUCACCUUAAUAGAGGAAAUUCUCUUCUAUUAUACACACAGGUUUGUUCACCUCCCAUUCCUGUAUAAGCACAUUCACAAGAAGCACCAUGAGUGGACAUCCCCCAUUGGCGUGGUCUCCAUUUAUGCUCACCCGGUAGAGCACGUACUCUCCAACACGCUGCCUGUCAUGACUGGCCCGAUGAUCAUGGGGUCUCACAUUGUUUCCAUCGCAGCAUGGUUCUCCCUUGCUCUCUUAACAACAAGCAUUUCUCACUGCGGCUACCACCUGCCCUUCCUACCGUCGCCGGAGUUCCACGACUUCCACCACCUCAAGUUCAACCAGUGCUACGGAGUCCUGGGAGUGCUGGAUUAUCUGCAUGGGACGGAUACAGUGUUCAGACAAACUAAAGCCUACGAGAGACACAGGGUCCUCCUCAGCCUGACGCCACUCUCAGAAAGCAUCCCCGAGGCACCCAGAAGAGCAGAGUGAACCAGCCCAGCAGCCCGUGGUCCUUGCUGAGCCCAGCGACUCACAGAGCGAAAGACAAUGAUUUAUGCCAAAUAGUAUUUUAAUUGGGAAAUGAGUUAUUAUUCCCACGUAAUGAAACCCACAGCUAAACUUAAACAUGCUACUUGAGAUGAGUGCACUUUUGCUGCCUGUUAUUUUCUACCCAAUGCACAAAAAACCCCAACUGCUCUAGAAAGCUAUUUUUAGACAAAGUUUAAAGUUUGUUUUUUUUUUUUUCCUUAAUUACUUGCACUGCUACUUGGUUCUAGCUGCCUGCGCAUAAGCCAGAUGUGCUCAGGGCCACGUGGCUUUGGGGAGCUCCUGGGGAGUUCUCAUUAUAAAGGUUUUAACACUUCAGUUCUCACAGGCCAUGCUUUGGCCUCUUUCAGCAGCACUCUACAGAAAUGCCAGCAAGUUCACCAGAACUACAUGUGAUAGGAUUAAACCCACUAUUUUUCUGAGACUCAGAACACCUGGGAUAUGGGAUACACCCCAUGGAAAAUCAGUGGGGCCAGAGCUUUAGAAACACUCUCCCCUGCAAAUGCAACAGAGCCUUGACCUCCCCCCAGCAGUUUUUCAUGCGAGGUCAGUAGAGGUCUGAAUUAAGGGCUGUCACGCCCUCAUCCCCGCUCCACAAACCAGUGUCUGCCAACAUAAAGCAGGCUUCCCCCUCGUGGGACAGGGAAGCAGAGCUGGGAGCUGAUGGGCUACGUGGCACAAAGAAGGCCUGGUACAUCACCUCCUCCUGCUGAGCCUCACCUCACUCCCACACGCCAAAAGGAGGCACAAACCAAAAUUCUGUACAAUGAUAAACUACAGACAGAGACUUUCCAAGGAAAGAAGAGUUGCUGCUGUCCUGAGCUGUGUGCUCAGUGAAACCCUGUAAUAAAGGACCCAACAAAAAGCACCCACACCUUGAUGCACAUCUAUAAGCACCCACACAACCAAUCUCAAGACAUGCUGCAAAAUUUCUCCAGGAUCUUCUUAAGUCUCAACCCUGCCUGGGGGCCUGGGACAAAAGUGACAAGUCUCUCACCACUGCUAGACCCUGGCUUCCGAGGAGAGGACACGCAGGGCUGACCUGCCCUGCACUUACCUGCUGCCUGCCCAGCUCCGCUCAUGGAAGCCAAUUCUCUCCCCUCACCCUCCUCCAGUGCCUACAACCACACAGGGAUGAAGAAUCCUGUUCACCCACCCACAGCGCCCUGGGGAGGGCAAGUCAGCAGAACAGAAGACCCAGGCUGCAUUGUCUUUUGAGGUUUUUAUUUUUAUACAUUUUUUUUUUGUAUUAAAAAGGAAAAAGCAUAAUUACCACAAAUUACAAAGGACUAAAGCAUUACUAGAAUAAUGAAUCACAUCAGCCUAGAAAGCAGAUACUCUGAAUAAUAUUAAUGUUAUAAUACAAGCUCUCAUUCAAGUAUUUUACAUUUUUCUCUUUUCCUUUUAUAUGUGAUGAUGAUCCUAGCACAUGGGUCAAAGAUUAUGUACUAUCGACAGAAGAUGGAUCAUGUACAGCGGGCCGUAUUAACAAGAUUUUCCUCCCAAGUGAUACAUGGUCUGUGAUGAGUCAUUUUAAGUUUGUCUCUACAAUAAAUGCAGCUGAAGAAGGUUGCACACACUUUCUAGUUUUGGGAAACAGAAGGCUGAGGUUGGGACACACAGGGUUUGAGAAGGGCCAGCACAUGGAACCAUCACCCCUCUUUGCUCCAGGCGAGCGAGCAGAGGGCCCCCCUCGCUGGGGCUUUGAGCCACAGAUCCAAAGGUUUCCAACCCCAACGGGACCGGGACAGGCUGGGAGAGGAGGAGGGGGAGCGGGGCUGCGCCGGGAGGCUCGAGGGACCAAGUGGUGCCAAGCACCCCCUCCCGCAAGGGGCACCCCCGGCCCCCGCGCGGGGCCGGCACCUGGAGAGCGAGCCGCAGGGGGACGGCGCGGGGACCCCGGGGGUGACCCCAGCAGGGUCCGCAGGGCGCUGGCUGGCACCCAGGGCGCUCCCCGCUCCUCUGGAGCUUCCCACCAAGGGGGUGUGCUUGUCACAGAUACGUCGGUCCUAUGUUCAAGUGUCUGCAGAAAGUGAAACUGUAAACUACUCAUUGAAAUGCUGCCCUCCAGCCACUGGCUCCAUGCCACCAAGACGAAUGUGGGUUGUUUUUUUUUUUUUAAAAAAAAAAAAAAAUUAUCUAUUACCUGUAUUGGAAACUUUAAAAAAAACAAAAACAAAAAACCAUAGUCAGUGAGGAAUUUAACAUCAAGUGUAGCAACCCUCUCUUAGUAAAAACCUAGUAUCCAUUUCAAAACAGUGACAAAGUGACAUAACCAGUCUCAGAGGAGAGGGGAGAAAAUAAGCAUUGCAAACACAGCUUGCUACAUUUACAGUUUUCUUUCUUUUUCUUUUUUUUUUUUUUUUUUUUUUUUUGUUUUGUUCCUUUU